GACUAGAACUUUAUGAACCCGUGCGAGAGUUGCACUCGGCCAUUUCCACGUGAAACUUGUAGGGGGACGAGUCCAAACCAGUGUGUGAGGGGGAGCUCGGUGGUGCGGGUACAGGUGUUGGGUGAUCAGAGCGGCUGCAUUCGCUUCAUUUUAGCCCUUUUCUGGAUGUGCCAAGUCCUUCUCCCCGCGCCUUUAGGAGGGGGGAAGAGAAAAGGGGGCGGACAUGUCUCACUUGUUUUGGAGAGUGUAUAGGAAAGUGUAUAGGGGUGCGAGGGUGCCUGCCGCAAUGAAGGGGACGCCGAUUGCUUGUUUUAUGAAUGGAAUAUGUUGAGGCCCGUUUCUCCACAUCUAUAAAGAGACAAAGUCCAAGUUCCCAAAGUAACUGCAUGUUCCUUUGCUUCACGUCACUGCAGGCAACUCCAGCUGCUGCAGAACUGCUCCUCCUAGCAUGCUGGGAAGUGGAGUCCUACUACAGCUGAAGUGGAACAGGAGAUUUGUUCCUAAAGUUAAAGGACUGCACCCAGAUGACAGAAUGACACUACUAGACAUUUAUACCCUAAGUUGUAGUAGCUUGUCAUCUUCUUGGCUUUAUUUUAAUUCUUUGGAACGAUACAACUUUCUGGUCGAUCGCUCUCUUACCUGCCCUGUUAUGAACUGGUUGCUAAGGUCUCUUUAACGCACGUUUACCUUUUAUAGGUGUGCAAAGUGCAUGUUUUUUUUAAUAGGUGAAUUUGCCCUUUAAUUAUAAGCAAGCAUGUAUAGUCAGAAUUUCCAUCCUGUGGUUUCAGCCGCGCUCUAUUUUUACUGUUAGGAGGAUCUAGCUGGUGGUGAUGAACAGCUUCGGAAGUGCUGUGGCUUGUUUAAAGAGCUAUUUAUGUCCCUUUCCUCCUGUCCCCAAGUUAAAAGCCAUACCCCCCCUCCUUAAUUCGCAGUCUGAUCACACACUCAGUCUCUUAAUAGGGUUUUCAGAGACCUCUCGGAGAGCUGGGGGCUGGGGUGGGGAAGGCAGGCAGGAGAAAUUUACACACAGGCUUGCAGUCCACAGCACAUUAUGCAUGGGGCCCAGGAACAGAACUGGAAAGCAGGAUUUCAGAUGUGUUCUCAGCCCACUGGUGUGAAAACUCUUCAGAGUACUGAUGGAGACGAGAGUACAAAAUGGCAACGUAUCCCAGCCUUUGCUCCCGGCUCGGCGUGAGACUGACCCACGGGAAAUCCUGACCCAACAAGUUCACGUUUUGUCUUUGGAACAAAUAAGAGCCAUAAGAAACACUAAUGAAUAUACAGAAGGGCCCACAGUGGCUCCUCGCCCUGUGAUUAAAUCUGCUCCACGUCCGACUACCCAACAGAAAAAUGAAAGAACACACGUGGUAAAUGAGCAGCAACCUUUUGUCAGGAGUCCACAUCCACCAAUGCAUUCCUUGUCUCAGGCACCUUUGUCUCGAUCAGUUGGUACAGUCGUUUCAUCUUCUCGGAGCAAUACAAGGACAAAUAGCAGUUCUUCAGAGCAAAGGCUUCUUGCGCCACCAUUUACAUCUUCAGGAUUGGUUGCAGACCGAAUAAUUAGAGUACAGCCCAAACCUGAGCUGAAAUCUGACAUUUUAAAGCCCUCUAGUAAAGAGGAAUUGGGCUUACAUUCAUUAAGGUGUGAGGAUUGUGGGAAAUGUAAGUGCCAAGAAUGCACUUAUCCAAGGACUCUCCCAUCUUGUUGGAUUUGUGACAAGCAGUGCCUUUGCUCAGCCCAGGAAGUAGUUGACUAUGGAACUUGUGCUUGCUGUGUGAAGUGCCUUUUCUAUCACUGUUCAAAUGAUGACGAGGAUAAUUGUGCAGACAACCCAUGUUCAUGCAGUCAGUCCCACUGCUGCUCUCGAUGGUCUGCUAUCGGUGUCAUGGCCUUGUUCUUGCCGUGUUUGUGGUGUUACCUUCCAGCCAAGGGUUGCCUUAAAUUGUGCCAGGGCUGUUACGAUCGUGUCAAUAGACCUGGAUGUCGAUGCAAAAGAUCAAACACAGUCUGCCUUAAAGUUCCACACCUUCAGCCCCGGAACUUAGAAAAACCAACAUAGCACAGGUGAAUGGAUGUUUAAAAAGAACAUAAUAACUUCCUUUUAACACUCAUGCAACCAUCUUGUUACAUUUAGGAAAAAGCUUUGGGAUAGGAUUACCUGUUUGCGGUGGAAUACUUAUGCGUCAGCGGAUUUAGCCUUAAUAGAGACCCUCUAAUAAAGCUUGCAGUAGGAUUGUGUUCUGUGACAAUUAUUGUGUAAGCUAUCACAGCACAGACACUCCUAUGUACAAUUGUAUUCUUUGUGAAUAGUACUUGGAACAUUUGUAAAAUUUACAAAUGGCUUUUUUUUUUUUUUUUGUCAGAGAUAUUAUGUUAUAUUUUUGUACAUAAACCAUAUUUACAACUGUGAAAAAAGUGCCAUUUUUUUAUGGCAAAGUCACAAAAUUUACUAAUGUACAUUCAAAAGAAUGUGAAUCAAUCAGUAUGGUUAGAUUGUCCUUCGCCUUAUGGAACUUUAAUAUUACCAGACUUCUAUUCUUUGGAUCUUAUGUAUAUUGUACAGUUACACUGUAAGAUUCAGCCUUUAUUUUCUAAUGUUUCAAUAUUGUUUAGUGUAAAGUAUAUUUAUUUGAAGUUUUAUUAUUUUAUAAAGAGAAAUAUUUAUUUUAUGAAGCAUCUUACAAAAGUCUCCCCUUUUUAUGAUGUCAGUUUCUACAAAUCGGGGGUGACUGAGACAUAUGUUCACUAUAAAAUAGAAAAUAUAUUAACGUCUGAAAAUGAAA